AUGAAGAUGCUGUGCUACCCAGAUUUCGAUAUCGAAUUCGACUUCAAACUCGGUCGGAGAUAUUGCCUAGAUAGUCUCACUUCCAUAGAAGACGACCCAAGCAAGUUCAAGCCAAAAUCAGUCAAGAGAGUCGGUAAUAUAUUCGAUGAUCCGAAAUUCUAUGUCAAUGGCCCUACACCUAACGAUAUUCGUCAAGGCCGAAUUGGAGAUUGCUGGCUCGUGGAAGCUCUUGGCGCUUUAGGCAACAAGCCUAACUUGAUUGAGGAAGUCCGUAUUGCCAGAGAUGAGGAAAUUGGGGUCUAUGGAUUUGUCUUCUUUCGCGAUGGUUUCGAUUGGAGAAAAAGCCGUGUACCUGGGAACCCGGAGCGUAACAAACAGCGGCAGAUCACGGAGGAGGAAAACUACCGCAAGAUGUAUCAGGCCCAUUGCGAAGACCCAAAUGAGACAUGGUUUUCCUUGUUAGAAAAGGCGCAUGCUAAGGACUUUGCUUCUACUCAGGGUGGCCAGAUGGGGGAAUCGAGGAUCUCACUGGGGCCGUUGCAACGGAGCGUUUCUUGA